CUUCAACUAGCUACUAUAUCUACUAAAAAUGGUUGGCAUGUGGUCCUUAAUAAGCGAGUUCCACCAAUCUAAAACUACUUGGGCAUUCAAAGCCCGAGCUGUUCGUGUCUAUACCGUCCCUGCCCAUGGCAUUUACGGUGAAUCUUUGCAGUGCAUUUUCCAUGACGCUGAGGGAACAAAAAUACAUGCACACAUUGCAAAAUCAGAGGUUGCCAAGUUUGAGCACCUGUUUAGGGAAGGAAAUGUUAAUGCAAUAAGAAAAGUCUUGGUGCUAGACAACUAUAUGAAGUUCAAGACAACAAGGAAUGCUUUCAAGUUGUUAUUCGUCAACCGAACUGAUGCCUUUGAAAUCUCUAACAUUAAUUUUCCAAUGAGGAUGUUUGACUUCACAUCUAUAGCUGCCUUAAAAGAUGCUGAAGUUAUAGACGAAACCUAUGCCAUAGAUGUGAUUGGCAAGGUAACUUCCAUGUCAGACCCAAAGGACCUAACAAAGAAUGGUAAACAAACGAGGUUGCUUGAUCUUAC